CUCCGCUUACCAAAUUCCUCGGCUGGUGCCUCAUCCUUAGUUUUUUUCGAAUCGCUCACUCAUCGGCUUUGCUGGAUUACAGAGUCGUUUGACAUGAAUGGAUUUGACGAUCUUGAUGAUAGUUUUUUCACUUCGGAACUGCUAGCGGCGGUUGAGGAGGCCGAAAAACAGCAGGACGGGCCCCAGUCGCGAUCAACUCACGUACCGCUUUCACCAACGAACAGUGACGAUUUUGGUGACUUUGGCGACGAUCUAGACGUGGAAGCUUUGUCGAGAGUGGCAGAAUCCGCUGAGCAAAGUCAUCGUUCUGUGCCGUCUUCCCAAAGCCUUCCCCAGAGUCAGUUGACGUCUUUCUUUCAACCAUCGAUACCACGAUCUGCGCCAUUGGCAACGACAUCUAUACCGAAUACCACGCCGCAGUCGGCAGUAACGAGAACAACGUUCAAUCAGGCAGCAAGGCAUACCGAACGAUCGCAACCUCCUCCUCCGCCACCCUCAAGAGAUGUUGAGUCAUUUCACCCGCUGAAUCAUGAAGCACUACCGACAUGGAUAUACCCCAUUAACUACGAAGUACGUUUAUACCAACUGAAUAUUGUCCAAAAAGCCCUUUUCUCGAAUACCCUCGUUGCGCUGCCUACGGGUUUGGGAAAGACCUUUAUCGCGGCCGUUGUUAUGUACAAUUACUGGCGAUGGUUUCCUUGCUCAAAGAUCAUCUUUAUGGCUCCUACGCGACCGCUCGUUGCUCAGCAGAUCGAAGCAUGUUUCAAAAUUUGCGGUCUGCCGCAGGAAGACACGAUUGAAAUGACAGGACAAAUGCCGCCGGCAGCGCGAAAAACUCUGUGGGCGUCGAAACGCGUAUUCUUCUUGACGCCUCAAGUGCUGCAAAACGACCUUCAAUCCCAUCACUGUCCUGCCGACAAGGUUGCAUGUAUUGUCAUUGACGAAGCGCACAAGGCCACCGGUAACCAUGCGUACGUGGAAGUCAUCAAGCUUAUUGCGCGACGUCAAUCGCACUUUCGUGUGCUGGCAUUAACGGCUACUCCAGGCACCAAUAUUUUUAACGUGCAAACUGUCAUUACCAAUUUACGCAUCACCAAUGUCCAGAUCCGAACCGAAGCAUCGAUGGAUAUUCAAGAGUUUUCGCACGGACGAACAGUGGAAAACAUUGUUGUCAAGCUCGAUUACACCGCAGGUGCAUCGGGUGUAGUUCCUCAGGCAGUACAAGAAUUUCGAACCGAGAUUUUCCAGCCGGUCCUGGAAGGGUUGAAGAAAUUGCAAGCGAUCGAUGACACCAACGCCGACCGCAAUUCACCGUAUUCUUUGCUGAGUGCGCAAAAACGAUUCAACGAACGGGCUCGUAACUUCAAUGCUCAACUGAAAGGCAAGAUUUAUUCGGAAUUCUCCGUAGCCCAGCAUCUCAGUCGAGCCUACGAUAUGUUGUGUCAACAUGGUGUGACCCCGUUUCUCCAAACUACGGACAGCUUUCUUGACGGUCUGCGGGCAGAUGCGGCCAAGAAAUCGUUGUCUCAAGUAAAACAGAGGAUCCUGAAUAGCUCUCACCUGAAGCGACUGCUCACUACGUUGAGACAACAGCAACAACAGCGUGGAUUUAUUGGCCAUCCAAAGCUCGAAUGUCUCGUCAAUAUCAUUCUCCAGCAUUUAAGCAACGGUCAAGAUACGGACAUGAACGAUACCCGUGUGAUUGUGUUCUCGAGUUUCCGUAAUUCCGUCGAUGAAAUUGUCAAAGUAUUGUCGGAACAUGAACCUCUCAUACGAUGUUCAUCUUUUGUCGGUCAAGCUAGCAGUAAAUCAGGUGCGAAGGGUCAUAAUCAAAAAAUGCAGCAACAGCUCAUUGACCGCUUCAAACGAGGAGAGCUCAAUGUUAUUGUUGCGACAUCCAUUGGUGAAGAAGGCCUGGAUAUUGGUGAAGUGGACUUGAUCGUUUGCUACGAUACUCAAAACUCUCCUAUCAGAAUGCUUCAGCGAAUGGGUCGCACGGGCCGCAAACGCAAAGGUCGUUGUGUGAUGUUGAUGACCGAGCAUGAAGAAAAAAAGCUGUACAAAGCACGAGAAUCCUACAAGAUCGUUCAGCAAGCGGUGGCCAAAGGCGAUCGUCUGCAAUACUUUAGUCCGAAUCCUACUGUGAUACCCGAGAACUACAAACCAGUCAUAUGCAAGAAAGAACUUGUUAUUGGUCAGUAUAUCCAGCCAUCGACGGGAAAGCGAGGUCGUAAGCGGAAGGAAGAUGCCGCUCGCGUAAAAUCAGAUGGUACUUUGACAGACGGUGCAUUGCAAGAUUUCCUGAGUAGGCUGAGCACCUAUGGCGAACGUAUCAACAGUAUCGAUGAAGCCUCCGAUCGCUUCUGGCCUGUCAAAAGCAGCGCUGCAAAUGCGCGCAAGUAUAUAUCCUUACAAACGCAGCUAGGCUCAUCCAAACGGGUGGGACAUUCAAAACGGACGCAAGACUUUGUUACUUUAAUCAAGCAAAUGGAACAGCACAUGUUUCAUCAUCCGAUUAAUGAAGACAAGCGAUUGUAUCACACCGCAUUCGGGGCCACGGACGAACCAAUAAACCAGGCACCGGCACUAAUUAUUCCCAAACGUCGUAAAACACGUCCAUCGAAAGAAAACGAAGAGAGUAAUGAAAUGGAGCGCGACAACGUGAUGCCCAAACCACGAUUGCCUGCUUCUACACCCGGUCCAUCCGAGCCUGCAAUACCUGCAAUUCCUCUGGAAGAUGAAUGGAUACCGAAUAUUGCCUUGAUCACGCAAGGAAUUCCUGGUGAGGACACCGCCGAUUUUUUUCACGAGGAAAUGUCUUUCUUUGAUUACCAUGACGAUCCACCGCCAAACGACUACGACAUGCCAAGGAACGAACAUAAAGGCAAGGGAAAAGCUAAUGCGACAACGAUGCCAGUGGAGAAGGAAAUGAGUCCGGAAUUCAUGCUUGAUGAAGCGUUUUUCGAUGCUGCCCUGCUGGAUGAAGUAUCAUUGAUCGAAGCAACCCAGGGGAAACAGGAAUCACCGGCAAGGGUGGUUCAGGACGAAACAUCAGUCACCAAGCCGGAAACUGUGUAUAAUCCUAUGGAUUCAGUACCGGACGAAACGUCAAUAGCCAAGCCGGAAAUUGUGGACGAUCCUAUGGAUUCAGGACUGGACGAAAUAAUGUUACUGAACGACCAGCUGGAUGACAUUGAAAUGGUGAUUGCGGAGGAAGCAACUCCGGCCAGUCCUUCCGCAGCUACAGUCGAUGCAGUUGCCAAGGUAGAAGAGCAGUCAUGGCGACCAAAAGAAUGGACACGGAAAUCUGCGUUCAUCGAUAUCGCAAAGUAUAAAGACGUACUGCUUGUCGUGGGUGAAUCGCAAGGAAAUAUCCAAGAGGAGGAUCCCGCGUCUUCGUCUUCUGCAGCUUCGCUUGACGGCGAUGGACCGUUUACCUUUGAUGAUCCGCUACCGCCAGUCCAUCCAUACUAUGACAGCCAGCGCUUGAAAGCCAUCAAUGCGUCCCUCUAUUUCUGGAUGAAGCAACAAUCUCGCUGAAACUAUGUAUCACACUGAUAUCGUGGGUCUGCAGAAACAGACAAAUAUCUAGCACUUGAAGGUUAUUGACCUUGCUCGAAAGACUGCAGCUGGUGUAAUGGCCCGUUGUUGAAGACGAAUUACACGGCAUAUAUAUCAAGAUUCAGUGCGUGCAACCUGGACGAUACCAAACAUUUACGUCCAAUAGGGCACGUACAAAGGCGAACAGCCAAACUAAUGCUAUUGAGGCUGCAUUUGCAUUGUGCCGUUUGUUGGCAGGAUUUUUCAGGGCUAUAGAGUGAUCAGACUCUGUUGCCAAAAAGGAACUUAUUUUAUAAGCAACAUAUACUCUCAGUCAUCUCCUUAUCAACGGCCAACUGUCGAACACUAUUCGUCCAUCAUUUGCAUAAAUAAAUUGCUGUCCAUAACGAGU